AUGUCAGUGGUAAAAAUCGAACGACCUGAGGAUUUGAUACGAUCUAGUAAAAGCUUUCAAGAAUCUAGAUGGUUAAGUGAAAUUGAUAGAAAACAUAAUAUUCGACAAAGGACCUUGACUGCAUAUGAAUUAUUCGAAACAUCUUCCGCCUCGCGACGAUUAGGCGAUAUUCGACAUUGCCAAAGCGAAAAAUUUGCAAAAGAAAGGGAAUUCACUGGUGUUACUUUGAAUGGAAUUGAAAAUAAAUCCGUUAGAGCAUAUCACCAACAAAAAUUGCCUAACUUAACUUCAAUGCCACCUUGGCGGAAUACCUAUCCAGAUGUCGCAGAAUCGGUAAAAGAAUAUUUCGAUCAAUCAGAUGACAAAGCUUUAAAUUGGAAUUCGUGCGACCUAGAAGAAUUGAAUGAUUGGGAAAAUAUGUUAUAUCGGCUUUUCAUAUACAGAACAGAUAAUAUAAUUAAGAAAUUUGAGAAAUAUAGACUGUUACUAUACUCGGAAAUUCUGCGAAGGCAAACACCCCAACAAAAGUAG